AUAAUGUUUCGUUCGAAAACAGAGAAAACUGAUAUGUGAUCUAAUAUACGACCUUGUCAGUAUCGAUCAGACAUAUUUAAACUACAUGACUUGACAUUUCAAAUUUCCAGUUACAUUACGCAAUAAUACAGAAUCUUACUUAUAAAAUUGAUAGAGAUAAAGAUAGAUUCAAUGGAAAUGUAAUUGCAGCGUGAUUCUGCGCUAACGCAUGACGAAAGCUCUCUCUCGGUGAGAAUUAUUUGUUGUCCAUCUAGCUGACACGCUUGUUCGACGGACGUGGCGGACAGAAAUGUUUUAGCUUGAUUCUUCAUGUCAUGUUUGUGGCUUAAGAACUUGAUCCGCAUCGCGAUUCCGCAGUAAGACUUACACAACGUUCGAUUUGAUCGUGAAGUACAUACUGCGUGAAAACGAGAUGUCAAUCAAAACGCUAUGGAAGUGCACAUUCAGUCCGCGGCUUUAUAAGAUUUACGAGGUAACGUGGAUCGGUCAUUUGGUUGACAAACCGUACGAGCCGAAAAACUUGGAACGAUGGGGCGAUCAAAUUGUGAUUUCUUUUGCAGCAAUAUGGUCCAUAAGUCUUUAUGCCGUACCACUUAUUGCUACAUUUAUGUAUCAGCGAAGUUAUUCCUUGACAGACAAUGUUUCUUGCUUGAGUAAGCUGGCAGCCGGUGCUGGUGCACUUCUCGUCGCUUCAUUGGCUGCCCGUGGUUACUCCAGAGUCAAUAAUCCAGUAUAUACAAAAUUUGUACAAACUUUAAAUGAAGCGCAUUUACAAUAUAACAAUAAAACAAAACAGGAGCUUCAUAAGUAUGAUUUUGAAUUCUGGGCCUGGCCUGUGGAGUUUGAUUUGUCACAAUUAAAAAGUGAUGAAGCUCCGGACAAAUUGACCUUAGGAAAAAUUGCAAAGGCUAGUGGACGCUUGAGGCGCCAAAGUGGCAAAGAAUAUCUAUUUGCUAUACCAUGUAAAUUACUUUCUUAUAUGGUUGCACACACUUUUGCAAUUAAACUAAUUUAUCCUGGAAGUGUAACUGUUCUCAAUUGGAUGCUCGGUGCUGCAUUGGAAAAGGGAAGGAUAGAUUUGAUAAAACAAGGUGGAGAAAGAUACAAAUUGAUUACAGCUGAUAAAAAUCAAAUUGACGCAAUGUUCGUCGAUCGGCGCAACAAAAGUGUUAACGGUGAUGUACUGGUUGUAACUUGCGAAGGAAAUUGUGGUUUCUACGAAACGGGCGUUAUAGCUACUCCUUUAAACAAGGGCUAUUCGGUGUUGGGGUGGAAUCAUCCGGGUUUCGGUGGCAGUACUGGUGCGCCAUAUCCAGACCAGGAAGAAAACGCCGUCGACUGCAUAAUGCGCUUUGCGAUCGAGCGUCUGAAUUUUCCCGAGGAGCGAAUUAUCCUGUACGGCUGGAGCAUUGGUGGAUACACCGCUACCUGGGCUGCUAUGAAUUAUCCUUCUGUUCAGAGCUUGGUAUUAGAUGCAACGUUUGAUGAUGUACUUCCAUUAGCUAUUAAAGCAAUGUCGCCGUCCCUGGAAGGUUUAGUCCGCAACAUAAUCAGAGAUUACUUCAAUUUAAAUAUAGCAGAACAAUUGAAUAGGUAUAACGGAACUGUGUUGUUAGUGAGAAGAACAGAUGACGAGAUAGUUUGUAUACCUAGUAACAGCUUAGCCGGAAAUCGCGGCAAUAUGUUGCUGACAAAAUUGCUUCUCAGACGUUAUCCGCAUUUAUUUUCCGAAACUUCCGAGUCUGGAACAGUUCUAUCGAGGUUUUUAUCCGUUGAAGCUUCCGACAGAACGUCGAUAUUGGAAUCAUUCAGAGUGAGAGAAAAGCAUUGUUUAGAAUUAAUAGCGGCUGAUAUACAAAAAAAUGAUGGGAUAAUAAGUUAUCCGUCUACUUUGGGGGAAGAUUGUAGUACUGAGACAAAAUUGCAGUUGAUUCUCUUCCUUGCAACAAUGUAUAUGAAAGAUCAAUCGUCGUCGCAUUGCAUCCCAUUAACUGUUGAUCUCUUUCAUCCUGGUUGGGAUCCAACAUCCGCAACCGCUAUGAAGUAGAUUCUGCAAUAUUGCAUCUUAAAACUCAGAUCAAGCUUUUCAACUUCUUAUUCAUAUGAUACAGUAUGAAUGACCAAAAACGGUAAUAACACUCCGUACAUUUCAUAUUAAGUUUUACUAGCACACACACACAUAUACACACACACAGGCAUUAUUUAUUCCACAUUAAUCGAUAUAAUCAAUCUUAUAAAUUUGUGAAAAAUGUUAUGUACUAGAUAUCAUUUUUCAUUUAUAAUUAAUGUCUUAAUUAAACUGUGGUUUAUUCAAAUGGAUUAUGCGAGUUGCACAUUACCAAGUAUUGCUUUGUAUAAAAUUUAUUUUUAUUGAAAUAUAAAUAUUAAAAU